AUGUAUAACGAUGUUUCCAUCAGCUUACCAGCGAAGGUGCGAGGGCCGGAGGCUGAAGAGGAAUGGCAGGAGGUGGACUGGGUAACAUGGAGUACCGGCACAGUCACCGUGGAUUCAGAGUCGUUCCUGCUAGUGUUUAAGCCGACCGGUGCUGGCAGCGUCAAGGACUUCGGAAGAAGCUUCGGAGUUCUCAGCCACAGCAAGCAGGGCAGAGGCCAACGAUGCGGCCAGAACGAAGGACCAGAGACAGGUGAUGUGCAAAGUGGCGAUGCAGCCAGGUUGGAAAGCGAAAUCCGGGCCCAUUUUGUGGAGAGAUGCCCCUUGGUCUUCGGAGGCGCAGAGCUUUACGGGCCGGAUCCCAACGGCGAGGCUUCCAGCGAGGUCCUGCUUGGACGGGGAAUCAUGAUGAUCCUGGAUCCACAAGAAGACAACAAGCGCGUGGGUAGCUACGAGCUUGCCUUCUUUUCAGAGGACGAGGUGAAGAUCACUUCGACGGCGAUCGCUGCGAUCAAAGCGACUCUCCGAGUUGGUUUACGUCCUUUGCGAGGCAUGCUGGAAAAUGUCCUGCGGCGCUACCUUUCUCAUCCCUCGCUGCGACGGUUUUGGAGCGUGGUAUCGCCUAGGCCGUAUCAAUUGUUCAAAGCCUGGUCGCAGGAGGUAGGCGAUGCUGCGAAACAAGCCAUGAUCGCUGCUCGAAAUGCUGAGCUUGCGGCCGGGCAGGCCAAGCGCUACAAGUACUUCGCAAAGUCGGCCAGAGAUGCCGCGCAAAACGCGUCGGCUGCUGAGCCCGCAGGUUGGAGGCUCGCCCGCUGCCUGGGCGGAGAGGCGUUUCCCCAGCUGCCGGAUCCCCCACCAAGAAGAAAGGUGGCUUUCAUUUCAAGCUGGGCGCAGCUGAAGACGAAGCUCCGAUGCAUCGAGCAUGAUGAGACAGAUGCUUUGAGCCCGAAGUUGCUGCCUCUACCAGAGGGGGCCUUCUGUGGCUUCGGAAGCGCGCUCAUGCCCCCCAACGAGGAAACUGCAGGGCGAUUCUGCAACGAAGGCCCCAAGUUGGAGUUUGGUGGACCGAUGUCUCAAGCAGAUACAGGAUGUGCCAGCCGGAUCCCCUUGCGUCAGUUUGCGGUGCGCUUGCAGAGCGCGAUUGCGCAAGCAGCAACGCUGCUGGUGGACAGGUUCCAGUCGAUGAGUCGCAAGGAGGAGUUCACAUCGACACAAGCUGAAGAUGUGGUGAAGUUGUCAUACGGGGUGCAGGCUGCCAGCUACAACGUUCAGAAAUGGGCUGCCAGUUUGGGUCAUGGAGAACCCCCACAAAGCCGGCCACCUGUGCCGGCAAAUCCAGAAGAGGCACUUGCGAUGAUGAACAUGGCGCUUCCACGGCUCGUCGUUGCGGCAUCCAGCUUGCAGACCGGUCUACGUGAGCUCGUGCCUGCCGUGCACAUCAGAUCGGAUGGUUUGAACGACGAGGAGCUUCAAGCGGCGACCGCACAAGAAAAGCAUGAAGCUGAAGCACGAGCAGAGGAGGAGCUACAGAGACUGGGAAUCACCAUUGACGAGCUCUACAGUGUGGUGCCACACAUGGAGCAGAUGAUAUACCAAGCGAGUUGCCUUGUAAAUUCACUUCGGCACCCGCCACCAGUGCCACCGCCAGCGCCGCCAGUAGACAUAGCGACAGAACGACCGUUCGGAGCAGGACCUCCCGUGGAGGAUUUGUCCGUGGCUCCAGAAACGAUUGGCUUCGACAAGUCUCACGAUUCUGCAGGGUCGCUGUUGCCCGAAUCACAGGAGGCCGACGAUGCCCCCAUCACUUUCGUGCUGCAAGGGCCAACUAUGCCUGACCAGAUGACAGCGGCAAGCUUCUCGCGAGACUUCAAAGUACGUAGGCGAUCAUGCAGCUGGCUUGUUUCGCAGAACCGACUAUGCAAUAUGGUGUUUGCGCGCAUGAGCUACUUGCGCAACGGUCCUGCACGCUGGUGUCGCAACUGCCUGACAGCAGCGAAACAAGAUGCAUGCGGCCAAUGUGGUUGCGACAAGGGCGGCAAAGAGGUUGAGGAUCUGGUCCCAGACGUGCACUUCGAGUAUCAAGCAAUGUUCCAGCAUGCCAACCCUGUGGAUGUCCCCUACACGAAAAUGGACGGGAUGAGCGCCGGGAUAGCCGUGGAGGAGAUCAAGGUAUCCAGCGGAAGCAAGAAGAUUGUUACUGUGCAGCCAUGGGUUCUACGAGAGCUAUCCAAGCACUGCAUCUCAGAGAUCAGCCAUUUUCUUCGACCGGGGCACCUUGCGCAGCUGGGAAAGAUUCUGACGGAUCCAGAGGCGUCAGAGAACGACCGCUUCACCGCCCACAACUUGCUUCAGAAUGCCGUGAAAGCUUCUGGAGGGCAGCUUCCUGGCUGCCAGGACACUGGGACAGCCAUCGUCAUGGGCAAGCGAGGCAUGCACGUGUUCACGGACGGUGACGAUGAAGCGCAGCUCUCCCAUGGAGUCUACGAUGCUUACACGCAAAGGAACUUGAGGUAUUCUCAGAUGGCCCCGGUAACGAUGUUUGCCGAGAAGAACACGAAGUGCAAUCUUCCUGCUCAAAUUGACAUUCUCGCGACCGCGAGCUCAUCCUACGAGUUUCUUUUCAUGGCCAAGGGCGGAGGGUCUGCCAACAAGACCUACCUGUACCAGCAAACGAAGGCGCUACUGAACCCAAAGAAGUUGGAGGCGUUCAUCACCGAAAAGCUGCAGACUCUGGGCACCAGCGCUUGCCCACCCUACCACGUCGCACUGGUCAUUGGAGGCACCUCUGCCGAGACCUGCUUGAAGACCGUCAAGCUUGCAAGCGCCAGGUAUUAUGAUGACCUGCCAACCUCCGGAAGUGAUGGGGGCCGUGCCUUCCGCGACCUUGAAUGGGAGGCAAAGGUGUUGCAGAUUUGCCAAGACCUUGGAGUUGGUGCCCAGUUCGGCGGCAAGUACUUUGCUCACGAUGCCCGUGUUGUUCGACUGCCAAGGCAUGGCGCAUCAUGCCCAGUCGGAUUGGGAGUUUCGUGCAGUGCGGAUCGCCAGAUUUUGGCGAAAAUCACGGCUGAAGGCGUGUUUGUGGAGGAGCUUGAGCAUAAUCCCGCACGGUACCUUCCUGACGGGCCUGUGACGGGGCUGUCCGAGCAGGUUGUAUCCAUAAACCUGAAGCAGCCCAUGAAAGACAUUCUUGCCGUCCUCACGCAGUACCCAAUCAAGACCAGGGUGUCAUUGACUGGCCCGCUCAUCGUGGCGCGCGACAUCGCCCAUGCCAAGAUCAGCGAGCGGUUUGAUCAGACGGGAGUCCUUCCAGAAUACGUGAAGGAUCACCCGAUCUACUAUGCUGGCCCAGCAAAGACACCUGCAGGAUAUGCCUCUGGAUCUUUCGGACCAACCACAGCGGGACGCAUGGACACUUAUGUCCCUAUGUGGCAACCGCACGGGGCUUCUUUGGUGACGCUUGCGAAGGGCAAUCGCUCCAAGCAGGUGACAGAUUCUUGCAAGCAGUACGGCGGCUUCUAUCUCGGCAGUGUUGGCGGAGCCGCAGCGGUUCUCGCCGAAGACUGCAUCAAAAAGAUCGAGGUUCUGGAGUUUCCCGAGCUCGGCAUGGAGGCAGUCUGGAAGAUUGAGGUAGAAAACUUUCCUGCUUUCAUUCUGGUGGACGACAAAGGUAACGAUUUCUUCGCCAAGUGGACCAUGUGA